AUGCAGAAGGUUGACCUUGGAAACAAGGCACCUGAACUUAGGGAGCGUGCCGGCAUGGUCGCCGAUGACUCUCUCGCAGCUGAAUCCUACCGCAAAGAUGGCGAGUUCGCCAAGAAUGCCAGUGUGAAGCCCGAAAAGUUUCAAACCGACCAAAACAUCCACAGCGGCCCCAAGGCGGCACAACAGGGCAACGGUGGUAGCGCGCCGUCGUACCUUGUUGAUACGCAGUUGCGCGACCGAGGCGGCCCGCACGGCAAGAACAUCCGUGAAGAAAACUUGGAUUUGCCGGACAACAGCGAUGGCCUCAAGCGCGCGCUGCGGUCGGAGCCCGGUUCCGAGGACGAUCCCAGCCGUCUGGCGGAGCAGCAGCUUCAAGGACAAAACGCCAUUUCCGGCUCAGCACCACCUGUGCGGGAUACAGCGGGCGGCAACAGCUUUGGGAAUCUUGACAAUAACAGGCCAUCCUAA